CCUUUUUCCUCCCUCCCUCCGUCUCUGCGCUCUCUCUUCAUUGCUAUCCGUGAGCUUCUCCUCUGUUUUUCUGCCUCAGUCCUGAAUCCACCUUUCUCUCUCUCUCUCUCUCUCUCUCCUCUCCUCUCUCCUCUCUCUCUUUUCCAGUCUUUUUUCUUUCUUAUCAUCCUCCUUUUCCUCUUUCUUUCUCUCUCUACUCCCUCUCUUUCUCUCUCGUGCUUUUUUGUUGUUGUUUUUGCUUUUUUUUGUACCUACAGGACUAAUCGGACAUGUUUCUGAUGACGUGCAGUGAUAAUCUGAAGAGCCUGCCGCUUCUGCAUUCCUGUCUGGUCGUAUUACCAUGAGCAAUUCCACUCCAUCCACAGCUAAUGGCAACGAGAGCACAAAGUAUAAAGGAGACCGACCGCCCUGUGGCCCCUCUCGUGUCCUUCACCUUCGCAAAGUUCCCAUUGAGGUGUCCGAGGCUGAGGUCAUCUCAUUAGGAAUCCCCUUCGGCAAAGUCACCAACCUGUUGAUGCUCAAAAGCAAAAACCAGGCUUUUAUAGAAAUGGCUUCUGAGGAAGCAGCGAUCACCAUGGUGAACUACUACACCACAGCGACGCCACACGUCCGUAACCAGCCCGUCUACAUCCAGUACUCCAACCACCGCGAGCUGAAGACAGACAACCUGCCCAACCAAGGGAGAACCCAGGCCACCCUGCAGGCCGUCAACGCCAUGCAUUCUGGGAACAUGACUCACUCGGCGUCGGCCGGCGACAGCAGCUUGAUGCCUGGUCAGAGUCCUGUCCUGCGCAUCAUCGUGGAAAAUCUCUUCUACCCGGUUUCUCUGGAAGUGCUUCACCAGAUCUUCUCGAAGUUUGGGACAGUCCUGAAGAUCAUCACGUUCACCAAGAAUAACCAGUUCCAGGCUUUGCUACAAUACGCAGAUCCCAUAAACGCGCAUCACGCCAAAAUGACUUUAGAUGGACAGAAUAUUUAUAACGCCUGCUGCACGCUGCGUAUCGAGUUCUCCAAACUCACCAGCCUCAACGUCAAGUACAACAACGACAAGAGCCGAGACUUCACACGACUCGACCUGCCGUCGGGAGACGGACAACCCACGCUGGAGCCCACCAUGACUGCAGCGUUCGGGGCUCCUGGGAUCAUCUCCUCACCCUAUGCUGGAGCGGCUGGUUUCGCUCCUGUUGGUUUCCCUCAGGCUGCAGGUCUCUCCAUGCAGGCGAUGCCCGGUGCUCUCGGACCCCUCACCAUCCCCGCAUCAGCUGUAGCCGGGCGGAUGGCCAUCCACGGCAUGCCCCCCACCGCCCUCCAUUCCGUUCUCCUCGUCUCCAACCUCAACCCUGACAGUAUAUCACCACACGGACUGUUCAUCUUAUUCGGAGUGUAUGGAGAUGUUCACAGAGUGAAGAUUCUGUUCAAUAAGAAGGAGAAUGCGUUGGUGCAGAUGGCGGAUGCGACGCAGGCCCAGCUCGCGAUGAGUCACCUGAACGGUCAGCGUCUGUAUGGCAGGGUGAUGCGCGUCACCAUCUCUAAACACCAGACGGUGCAGCUUCCCCGCGAGGGUCAGGAGGAUCAGGGCCUGACCAAAGACUUCAGCGGCAGCCCCCUGCAUCGCUUCAAAAAACCCGGCUCCAAAAACUUCCAGAACAUCUUCCCUCCAUCAGCUACGCUGCACCUCUCCAACAUCCCACCGUCUAUUGCGGACGACAUGCUGAAGGACCUGUUCUCUGGUUCAGGAUACACCGUUAAAGCUUUCAAAUUUUUCCAGAAGGACCGAAAGAUGGCGUUGAUCCAGCUCGGCUCGGUGGAGGAGGCCAUCCAGGCCCUGAUCGACCUCCAUAACUACGACCUGGGCGAGAACCACCACCUCCGAGUGUCCUUCUCCAAAUCCACCAUCUAGCAGCGUUCCCCUUCACGCUCCCUCAGCGCCGCCGCUGUUCUGUUCACGGGUUUAAAUCUGAGCGAGGAAGCCUGACUGACGAACUUCUGUAACUAAAGACAUGAUUCAAAAAAAAAAAAACUUUAAUAAUGAAAAGUAGACAAAAAAAAAACAAAACAACAACAGAGACUUUGGGUAGUUUUAGAGAUUUUAGGGGUUUUAAAGUUAUACGGAGUUAAAGACUACUAUAUGACCUUCAGCUAGAGGUAAACUGAAGGUUGGUGUAUUUUAUUUUUUUUAAGCUGGAGACGUGUGAACUUCUUCAGUUCCAUAGCGACGAAGUUCCCGUUUUGAUCUCACAGCCAUCGCUGGGUGGUUUGAGCAGAACCGCAGCAGAAACUUCAGAACGCGAGAGAGAACGGUCUCUGUGACUUUGUUGGAGAAGUUUGGAGACGUUUCUGGACGUGUGGACGUGAACAUGGAUGUUGAUGUGCCUGUAGUGCUAUUUAACUGUUAACGUUUCACCCAGGUGCUCCAUCCAGCCUUCAGAACUAGAGCCUCAUUGGAUAGGCCACGCCCUCUCUGAAUGUCCGUGAUGUCAUCACAAGGUGCCGCCGGGUAAAAAAAAAAACAAAACCCUGUAGCGACGCUCCCUCACCAACGAGAGCUAUCUUUCACGUAGCAGUAAAGUGUCCGUGUGAUGGACGGGGAACGGUUCUGACAUUUCGUCAUUCGUGCUCGGGAUCUGCGAGAACAUCCUGAAAGAUUUUCUGUUCUCCUGAGAAAUGGGUUUCGUUUUAAGUUUGAUUUUAACCUAAACGUCAAACGGACGAGACUGUUGUGAAACCCGCGUCGCCUGGUCUGGACCGCUCGCUCGCUCGCGUUCGGCCGAGACAUUUUUAUAGACGUAAUCGUGCACGAUCAUUCCAGGAAGCACGUCCAGCUGUCAAUUAUGCUGGAACACUCCAAUCAUAGAGCCUGGCUGUCAGGAUGCCCCGCCUCCUGUCAUUUAAAUGUCAUUUUGAAUGUGAAUCAUGUAGCCCCCCCACCAUGAAUGAUGCAUUCUGAUUGCUGAUUAAUUCCCUCUCCAUUCGGUGUCCCUCUUGUAAUCAAAUGCUUUUCCUUUGACCUUUUAUUAUUGUUUUAUUUAAUUUGUUUUCUUUCCAGGUUUCAUACUCAAAAUCAGAACGAUCUGAUUCAAUGGAAGCUUCUCUCUCUCUCUCUCUCUCUCUCUCUCUCUCUCUCUCUCUCUCUCUCUCUCUCUCUCUCUCUCCCCUUCCUUGCUGUCCCACCUCCACACGUACAAAACCAAAAUAAGAAAAAGAAAAGUGAGAGGGGAAAAAAGAGAGCGUCUCUGUGGCACAGGGAGAAAAGCCGUUCCUACUGAAACGCUCCGGCUUUAAUAUCGUGUUCAUUGUGUGGUGAAAUGUGUUAGUGAAUUAAAUUAGGCCGCGGUUUCAGUCGGCGGGGGGAGGGGGGAGGGGGGGGGGUUAUGAAAAGUUCUGGUUUGUAAAUUUUUAUAAAUAAACGGAGUGUCAUACUGUUCCUGGAGAGCCAUCAGCCUGUAGGGUUGCCAGGUCUGUGAUGUUUAAACUAUUUACACCAAUGCGCUGUUAUUCUUCAAGCUGAUUGGUCAGAAGGUGUUGAUUACUGUUUCUAUAGUAACGGUUAAUUCACAGGGACUUGUACAGCGGACGCCACAUGGAUUAAACAGCGACGAAAAUAAACGCAGUAGUUUUCUGUAAAGAGACUUUGUUUAUGUAACCGUUAUGGAAGGAGUCUCCAGCGUCAGCGUAACAGUUAGAGGUCACGCUGUAAGGUUUCCGAUGUGUUUUUUUUUGUUUUGUUUUUUUUUUUACUUCAAGAGAAAGAAAAAGAUGGCGAGGCCGGGUGAGGGAACGACUGUUUAUAGCUGCUAUAACGUAAAUAUUUCACAAACGUUAAAUGUAAUUAUAAACGCAUAAAAAGUAUGAGGAGGCCCUUUAAUAAAUCAGCAUUGUAAUGGUUAGCAAAUUUUUUGUGGCGCAAGAUUUUCAGAUUUCGUCACACAGACCUGGCGACCAUUUCUCUCACCCACACCCUCAUCCACAGCGUCUGCUCCUGAUUUACACAGAACAUUGGAUCAGAUUAGAUAAAGAUCAGACUGCUGGUUCUCAGGACACAGGAUCAGACUCCUCCUCAAGCCUUAAAAUUCCCAUGGAGGGCCUGUAGGUGGCACUGCUCCUUUUCCUGAGCAAAUCCCUGGUUAUUUUCAGGCCAUGUUCCACAAAAAGAGUGAUUUUAUCAGAAAAGAAAAAAAAAAUGAAAUGAAAGUGAAGUGUAAUGCAGGGCAAGGGACAGUGUCUUGUCUUUUUCUUUCUUUCUUUCUUUUCGCUAGUUUUAAUUUUACCUGAAGCGAUCGAUUCCACCCUUCGCUGACACUUCUCAAAAGAAAUCCAAUUUUUCUUUGAAGUUUACAGUCUUACAUAAAGCAAAACUAUUCAGGUCUAUUUAUCUUUAACGAUUGUCAAGAUUUUUUGGAGAAAAAAAAAAAAAAGUUACUUAUUUUUGGUAAUUUGUUCUUUUUUAUGGAGAGAAACAAAACAACGGGGGGAAAAUAAAACACUCACCGGGUUUUUGUACCACUAUAAUCAUUAAUGACAUCAUGGUGAAAAGAAAAAAAACCUUCAUAUUUACUGUGUAUUUACUUCAUUUCCUUAUUAUGUGCCUUAUAAUGUGUUUAUAAUCAAAAUAGGUUUUAGAAAUAUUACCUAAGAUAUCUUAAGUACUAUUUUGUGCGAUUGGUGAGAGGGUUGAUUUUGCUGAUUUUCGUUUUCUUGUAGUUUUUUUUUAGAUGUGUAUUUUUGUGGGGACUCAGUAUUGUGUGGUCUUUUUAUUCGAAUCAUAAAUUAAUGUUUGGUGCUUUUGAAGGCACACUGGAGAAAAGAGAACGAGCGGUUUGGUGUAAAAAUGCUUGGUGUUAUGCUCUGGGUCUCCUCCGUCGUGUGUGUGUGUGUGUGUGUGUGUGUGUGUGUGUGUGAGUGUUGAUGAAAAUCUCACCUCGUUGUCUCUGCAUGAUGAAAUGCUGUGAAAUGAAGAUCACGAAUCCGUGACGCUCCCCGUGCGAGGACGUUUAAUCCGUUUCUCUUUGAUUCGGAACCUUUUGUUCCUGAAGAUCACACUCUUUUAUUAAGAACCUGUUCAGCAUUCUAGAGUAUGUUCUUACAUUUACCAGUUGAGUGCAGAAGUUUGCAGAUCUUACCUUUUUUUGGUAAAUGGGGGGAAAAUAAGGAAAAAAAUCUAUAAAAUUUCCAAAAUUUUGAAAACGAAGCACAACACCACAACUAUGUAAAGAGGAAUUUCCCCUGCUUCACUAUUCAUGUCUUACUCUGAACUUACACUUUUUGACCUCAUGGUGAAGGAAUGCGUGUAAAGCCCGAAACACUAAUGAACAUGACCUCGAGUCUGAUCUAGUUCCGUCAGUAUUCACGCUGGGAAAGUCCCCGUAUUCAGACCGGAGUUCCUCAGCUGAUCUAACUGGAAUUUCUGAGCUCCACCUUCAGAUUAUUCAAAUCCCCUGCGUGUAGUUCACACCUCCGCAGGCUUUCACGAUGCUCUCGAGUUAAACCGUCACAGGCUGAGAUUUUUAAACAUCUGGGCACAAACGCUAGAAGAUAUUAAUGAUGGAAUCACAACAUGGGCACAGGAUGUAGGCGAUUUUGAUCUUGAUUUAAUAAUAAUAGUCAGAUUUGAUGCGCUCUCCUGUAAAGAAAACGUGUUUACGGUGUGAAGGAUAAUCUGACCAAGCGCUCAUCCGUUGCUCAGCAUUUUAUCCAUAAAUAAUCCACAUCUCUGACUAAGACGCGUCUCCUCUGAGGUUCGCUGUGGACUUUUUUUGUGGACGUUAAAGUGACUGACUAAUUCGUUGUGCUUUAAAUGGUGUGUUGCAGUGUUACAGCCAGAACAUAUUGUGGUUUCAUCAAACAGUCAGACGGUGGCGCUGGACUCGCGUUCAGAAUCGAGUGUAACUGAGACCCGCCCCUGUUUUAGAUAAGUUCCGCCCCUGAGUGCGCAACUCUUGCCUAACUUCUGAAAAUCUGUAGUUACCUCUGAGGUGUGUCUUGAUAUAAAUCCGUGGUUAAAUCCUCACGGCGUGCUUCUGCUCGACUCGUAAAUGAAUUUGCUGUAGGCUACAUUACGAUCGUAAGGGUGCGCAAACUUUCGCAUUCAACUGUAUAUUGGCCUAAUACGUGGUCUUGAUUACAUGAAAACAUGAUGUGACCGGAUUAUAUUUCAUUUUCUGUGAUCGUGCAUUGAGGGAAGUGACGUUGAGAGGUUUCGGAUCCUGUAUAUGAUGGUGCGUGUCAUUUCCUGUGUAAAAAAAACCAAACCAAUUAAUCCGAGAGGAGUUCGUCUGUGUCUGGAGAAUCCCAAAGCAUCGAGCAGCGAAUUUCUGAUGUUUCUGAGCAGAAUGAUCUGAGAUUUCAAGUGUGUGUGUGUGUGUGUGUGUGUGUGUGUGUGUGUGUGUGUGUGUGUGUGUGUGUUGGACUUCUUAUUUACUGUAUCUUAUAAUCAGAUUGAUUUUAGGGGGUGUGGCCUGUUUUGUGCUCUGUAGUGAUUUUUUUUUUUCUUCUUCUUUAUAUAUAUUUUUCCCUCUUAUUUGUAAGGAUGUGAAACUGGAUAAAGGGGUGUGUGUGUGUGUGUGUGUGUGUGUGUGUGUGAGUGAGUGAAUGAGAAGGAAAAAGCUCGGUCGGCGGUGGUGUGAAAGGCGUGACGCUGUAUCUGUAAAAGCUUUUCAUUUACAAACAGGAGAAAAAGCCAGAUUUUUAACGUGGCACUAAAAGCAGUUCGCUCUGAUUCUGAUGAUUUUCUCUCAUCACACAUUCGCGUCUUUUUCAUUUUAAUUUGAAUGUUUUCUCACAGCUGAAUCAUUUUCAGUCCUGUCUUUCGACUCAGGCAAACAUCGUCCCGCCGCGACGUCAGACACGUUCCUCUUCAGAUCCGCCUUGCGUUUCUUUUCGUUUUUUAUCGGAUUUAUAUUGAAAUUAAACACACAAAUAACGCAGGACCAAAGUUUACGUGCCUUUCAUCCAUCUAUUGAGCUUAUUUGUAACUUUCUUCCUGGAUGUACAUCAGAAAUCAGAACUAACGUGUGUGUGUGUGUGCUUUUUGUUUUCUUUUUGCAUUGUUCUUGCAGUUCCACUUAAGUGUCUUUUUUUUUUUUUUUUUAUUUUGUUUUUUUUAAAGAAUCUAUUUCCCCUCAAACAGAAGGUGAAGCCAUAUAACACAUCAGAAUUUCAUAAUCUCAAAUAAUCCCCCGUCAUUAACGAGUUCCUGCACCGAUGCUGAAUGUUUCUUACGUCAUUUCAUGAAAUCGACCUUUUAUUAUUAUUAUUAUUAUUAUUAUUAUUAUUAUUAUUAUCAUCAUCAUUAUCAUCAAGGCCUCGUUCAAUACAGCUGAGAUUUACAUUAGAACAAAAAGAACCAUAAACGAUUUUCAUCUCAUCUUUACACAAAUUUAAUUAUGAAAGCUUUAUUAUUACCAAAGGAGUUUGACUCUAAUUGGACUGAUUUAGACGUUAAGUUCUGAAACGCCAUAAACAAGAAAAUGACAUUUUUAUAAAUAAUUCGAUUACGGGUGCGAUGGAUAUUUUUGUGCUCUUACUCCAAAACCUCAGCCGUUUUCGUGGGUGGAAUAUUUCUGAAUCAACAUCACGUGCCGUAGACGGGAUCUCGUGAGUGAUGAAUAUUAAUGAACGGAUAAUAGUGAGACCUGUUCGAUGGGUGGAUCACGGGCGUGGAGUCGAGGGGAAAGACGCACGCAGGUUUAUUCACAUGCAAAAAGUGACUUCUGUUGCACUGGAGAACGGUUUUAAGCUGCUUCCAAGCUUAAAGUUUUAGCCAUCUUGACUUUUUUUUCGUUUUUCUUUAAAGAAUCUGGGCUAGAAGUUUUCCUUACUGAAACUGUAAGUUAUUUUGCAUCGCAGGGAGGGACGUAAAACACGAAACUCGACUCAGGCACCAUGCACAUACAGAAAGUGCCUGCAUCCGACCUCACGAUCCUCCCUCGCCUUGAAACUCCCCGGUUUAUAACUCCUAUUAAUAUUAACAUUAACAUGAAUGUUCCACUACCAAAACAAACAAGUGCUUGUAAAUAUGUGCUCCCGUUUUUGUUUGGUUUGUUUGUUUUGUUUAAACCUGGCCAAAAAAAAAAAGAGAAAAAAAAUCCACAAAAAUUCUAAAGGUUUCUGGGAACAAGAUAAAACACAUCAGUUGAUACGAACUGGUUUUUAUAUUUAUGAAAAUUCAACUGUUUUUUUUUUUUUUUUUUUUUUUUUUUGUCUUCUGUAUUUUGAUACUGCAGGAGGACCAGCUUUUUAUUUGUAAAAGUCGUUUAUGUGACGUUUGUGAGUUAAACCAUGGAGAGACGAGCGGAUUCAGUUUAUGAGUUUGAUGUAAUAAAAAUGCAAAUAGAAGAUUAAACUAUUAAAGAAACAUAUUUUCUAA